AUGGAAGAUAGACGUGAUUCGGAAUUGAAGUGUGAUAUUUCUUCACCUGAACGCAACAACAACACAAAUGAAAAAGAAGCUUCUCAAAGAUUAUUAUCAGACCAACCAACAGAACAGCCUAGGCUAUUCCUACUAGACGAUCACGAAGAUUAUGCUCAACGUCCCAGCCGACUUAUCCUUGUUCCGUUAACAUUUGCACUCAUGAUUUCCACAUUCAUGAUCGCUUUGGAUACCAACAUCAUAGGUCACCCUAUACUUCCAAUUACACUAUCAUUGCUAAUGGACAGCGACUCCCAAGAUAGUCACUCAGUUCCAUGGCCUCAACGAAAUUGGCUGGUAUGGUUCGGUUUACCUUUUAGCAUAAUAUUCUUCCAAUUCACGUAUGGAAGAUUUUAUACUCAGUUUAAUGUAAAGUGGUUAUUUAUUUCAGCUCUUGUGACCUUUGAGGCAGGCUCUACGAUCUGUGCAACGGCAACCAGCUCCAAAGUUAUGAUAAUUGGACGAGCUAUCUCAGGUAUAGGUGCUUCUGACAUCUUUUUCGGGGGGUUGACUAUCAGUCAUGGCCGUUUGUGUGUAGCCUUGGAAUGGAAUUGA